AUGCCGGCGAGACUCUGCUUCAGUACAGAACGGGCUAUUUUCCAGCCACACGAUGGCGACGGUGGCUCGGCCGUGUACUUGGGGAGCUGCGUCUUGCAGACGUCGUUGAUCACCGCGUCCUGGUACAAUCAAGGCCAAUACGCCACGCAGGGCAUACGUAAGGUUGUCUACUACCGCGGCGCCGUCUCCCCGGAUCGCAGCGCCCCAAGUUGA